AUGUUUUCCAUUAAUUUGGUAACAUUAGACAGUUAUCAAUCAACCCCAUUACCAGAAUUGGAUGUUACAUUUUCUAAUUUUCGUGGGAAUGAAAUUAGACAAGUCCCAGUUAUUAGAAUAUUUGGAUCUACUCUUUCUGGAAUAAAAACAUGUUUGCAUAUACAUGGAGUAUUUCCAUACAUGUAUGUACCAUGUACAAUAGAUCAUAAUAUUGAUAGUUUUAUGUACAAAUUAGCAGCAGCAAUAGAUUCUGCAAUAAAUGUAUCUUUGGGAUCUGCAACCUCUAAUAAUCAACAUGUUUAUAAAAUUCAAAAAGUUUCUGGAAUACCUCUUUAUGGAUAUCAUGAGAAGGAACAUUUGUUUUUUAAAAUUUACUUAUAUAAUCCAGCAAUGAUUAAACGAGCAGCUGAGUUAUUACAAAAUGGUACAAUACUAGGUCAAAGUUUACAACCUCAUGAGGCACAUAUUCCUUUUAUUUUGCAAUUUAUGAUAGACUAUAAUCUGUAUGGUAUGAGUCCAAUAACUUUAAAAAAUAUUAAAUUUAGACAAUGCAUAUAUACAGAAUCCAAAGAAAAUGUGCAAACAGAGAGUCCAUUAAAUUUAUUUGAUUCACAAAAGUAUCUUCCUGCAUCUGUUGUUAGACAAAGUACCUGUAAAUUAGAAGUAGAUGCACAAGCAUCUGAAAUACUUAAUAAACAAGAAAUCCAAAAUGGCUUGGACCUAAAUCCUGGCAUUGCAGCCAUUUGGAAUGAAGAAAAUCAUCGAAGAGAAGCAAAAGGUUUAGAAAAUGUUGAGUCACAAUUAUUGUAUACAAAUACUAAUGAUAGAACAUGUAGUCCAACAGAGAAUGAUAUUUAUCAAGAAACAAAAUUGAUAAAAAGAUUAGCAUCUCUUUCUCAGAUCAGUGAAAAUGUAACACCAGUAACAUCAAAGACACUUACUUAUCCUCUUGAAGUAGAAAAUGAGGAUAAUUCAUUUAGUGCUUCACAUGUCUUAAACCAUUUUAAACCAUCACUAUUAAAUAAAGAAAGUAAGAAUGAAUUAUUGCAACUUGAUAAAUCUAUGUUAAAAGAAAGUUUACCUCAAAAUGAAAUCAUAGACAGCAGUAUUUUUGACUCAGAAGAUAUGCAUUUAGUGGAAAUUCUGGCUGCUUUAGCAAAAGAAAAUGAGGAAGAAAUAAUUGUAGAUAAUGAUAGCAUGCUGGGUUCUCAGUUUUCUACAUUUAGUACUCAAAUUAAAGAAGACAAUGAAGAUGAUGAAAUUGAAGAUUUAAAUAUUACAAGUUUGGAUUUGAAUACUUUUAGUUCGUGGAAUUCAGUUACUAAUGCUGCUAGUCAAUCAAGAAUAUCUGAAAUUGAAAAUAAAAAAUCUGAAGAUGAUAAAGAAAAAAAUUACACACUUGAACAUAAUGUUGAAGAUUUUUCUUUAAUAGAUGUUCCUCAGUAUGAUGGUCCAAGUGAUUUUAUCUUAAAAAAUGAAAAACAAUUAUCAAAAUUUACUAGAAGUAAAAUAGAUAAGAAAAAGAAAACAUGUAACAGAUUAGAGUUAUCUACUCUACAUUUAUUUAAUGACAAAACUACAAUAUCAACUCUAUUGCAAUUUAUAAACAUUCAAAUAAAUGUUAAUCUUUUGCAAAAUAUGUUAAUAGAAUUCAUAAGGCAAUCUAUUAUAUUUGAUGGUAAAUUACCUAAAUAUUUUAAAUUCUGUCCAAAACAAAAUCAUGUAUUUAAGAGUAAACAAAAAAAAUCAAUGCAUAUAACUAAACAAGAGCUGUCACAUUAUAAGAAUAAAAAUAUAUAUAAAUUAGAUCAUCAAGAUUUAGAUGUUUAUGAUGUAGCUGAGGUUGAACAUUCAUUAACAUUAAGUGAUCAUAAAAAUUUAAGCUAUUCAGUUACUGAAAACAGUACUAAUCUAAUUGGUUGUGCUAAGUCACAUGUUACGAUUAAUAACGUUUUAAGCAAAUUAAACGUACCAUCAUUUGAUGGUAAUACUGUUGAUAGCUCUAGUGACUCUGAGUUGGAUUCAGAUAUUUCGAUUAACAGAGAAGAGAAACGGAUUUGUAUUUACAAGUCAUGUACUAAAUCUAAGAGUGAAGAAAAUGUUGUUAAUAUUUCAUUAAAAAAGCGAAAACUUGAAUUUGAAGAAUCUAAUUUGCAAUCUCCUCAUAAACGACAUAAUACUAAUGUAGUUUCUUUACAAGACAAAUCACAUCAUACACCAACGAAAGUAAAAACCCCACAAAGUCCGCGUUGUUUAUCAAAAAAAUAUUCUCCACUUAAUGUAAAAAUAAUAUCCCCAAAACCGGAUAGAGAUACUGAAAAUAAUGGAUUUUGUAACUCAAAAUCUACUUAUGCUACUCCAAAACGGAACAGUCAACAAUUGAGAAUGAAUUUAUUUCGUGAAAAGAUAAGUCAAGCUACAAAUAUUGAUGAAACUUUUCUUCAUAACAAGCACAGUGAUAAAACAAACACAUGUAAGAAGUUUGUGGAUUCAGGAAAAGAAGACUAUGGAAUGUUAGAAACGAAUAUUAAAACUCAAAAAGAAGUCCGUAAAAGAUUAAAUUUUGUAAAUACUUAUGCAGAAGAAAUUAAGUCUGUAAAUGAUAGUACAGUUGAAUGUCAUUUUGAAAACCUAUCUUUAACAGAGGAAACAAUAAAUGACUCAUGCGAAAAUAAUGAUUCUGCUAGCAAUUCGAUUCAUUCUAAACAUUGCAUAAAAAUAUGCACAAGAAAAGAUGAUAAAAUUAAUUGCGAACUUAAUUUACCGAGUACAUCGAAAAAUAAUUUAGAUCUGUAUAUGGACAGUGUUCUGAAUAAGACACCACUAAUAAGUGAUAAAGAUGUAAAUACAGAAGAGGAAGACACAUGUAAUAUGACAUAUACACAAUACCUUAGUAAAAAAUUAGAAUCUGAAUUAGGUACUCCAAAUGUCGUAUUAUUACAAAAUACAACUGAUAUUACCAAAAGAAAAUUAAUUACUAUUACUACUAAAUUUAAUCCACCAAAGAGAGAAAGGAUUAGAAAUUCCAUGCAGACAUAUGAUAUUUCACAAUCAAAAUUUAUAGUACCAUACUUCAGUAAUAAAGUUGAUCUGAUAAAAGAAAGAGAAAAUUCAAACAAAAACAAUAUCAAUGAUGUAGUUUAUUUUAAAUGUAGUUUAGAUAGAGUUACUAGUAUCAAACUUUGGCGUCGAGUAAAAAUAAACGAAUUUUAUCCUUCUGGGUUAAGUAUAAAAUCUUGUAGCAUAAAAAGAGUUUUAGCUGGAUACAAUGCAUUGGUAAUUCAUCCUCUCAUUCAUCCACCAACACUGAGAAAUAUUAAAACAUGGUUACAAGCCAAAAAAUACUUAUUACAAAAAGAUAAUAAACCUGAAAAAGCAAAUGAUAAUAUUGAUAUUGAGAGAGAUGCAAAGAAAAGUGACGUAUUUAAUGAAACAUCCAUUGAUAAUCAAUAUAUAUUGCAACUUUCACAAUGUUCCAACAAUUCACAGUAUUCAAACGGAUCUAGUAGCAGUUUUAAUCCUUCUUUAAGAAAAAUGCUUGAAAAUCCAUUAUUAUAUAAAAAUAAUGAUACCCAGCAACAUAUAGGCAUUUCAUAUGGACAAAUUGAAUAUAGUCUAAAAGGACAUAGUGGUAAUGUUGAAAAUGAAAAUCUUCAAAAUGCUAGGAGUUUAACUGUAGAUCAAUAUCUAACAUUAUUGUCAGUAGAAGUACACGUUAUUACGCGUGAUAAAUUUCUUCCUGAUCCAAAACAAGAUUCAAUUGGAGCAAUAUUUUAUGCUGUUUGCAAUAAUACUCCUUUAUCUUCAAAAGUUGAACAAAUAGAACAUGGUGCUAUUGUUGUAAAUUCAUUUAUGCAAAAUUCAAAAAUGAAGAACAUAUAUUCGACAAGUACAAUAUGUUCUAUAUCAUAUGUAUCAAGUGAAAAGGACUUACUAAAUAGCCUUGCAAUAUUAAUUAGACAUUGUGAUCCAGAUAUUUUAGUUGGUUGGGAGAUAGAAUUUCUUUCAUGGGGUUAUAUCUUUCAUAGGGCUUCCCAUAUUGGUUUGAAUAGUUUUACAUGGCAAAUUUCAAGAAUUUCGAAUGUUACUCCAACAUUUAAAGGACAGACAUCUGACAAAGAUAAUUUUAGUGAUACAAAAAUACCAGGUCGUAUUAUUCUUGAUGUUUGGAGAAUAAUGCGACACGAAGUUGCAUUAUUAAAUUACACAUUUGAAAAUGUCAUGUACAAUGUUAUGCGUGAAAGAAUAUCGUGCCCUAUCUUUCAAGUUUUAACUGAGUGGUGGAAUCAUAAAAAUAUAACAAUACAAUGGAGAAUUAUUACCCAUUAUAUGAUAAGGGUAGUGGGUACAUUGAGGAUAUUAGUACAUUUUGAUAUUAUUGGGCGAACAUGUGAACAUGCACGACUUUUUGGAAUACAAUUUUACGAAGUUUUCUCUAGAGGCUCUCAAUUUCGAGUUGAGUCAAUGAUGUUGAGACUUGCAAAACCCUUAAAUUAUAUUCCUAUUUCACCAUCUAUACAACAAAGAGCAAAAAUGCGUGCACCCGAAGUUCUACAACUUAUUAUGGAACCGCAAUCUGUAUUUUAUACUGAUCCAUUAAUUGUCCUUGAUUUUCAAAGUUUAUAUCCAAGCAUUAUUAUUGCUUAUAACUAUUGCUUUUCCACAUGUUUAGGUCGUGUAGAACAUAUUGGCCAUUAUGAACCAUAUGAGUUCGGUACAGCAACAUUAAAAGUAAGAAAAAAUACUGCUCAGAAAUUAUUGGGUAAAAUAAAUUUUGCACCUUGCGGUGUAGCUUUUGUAAAACCCGAAGUACGAAUAGGAAUAUUGCCACGUCUGCUUACAGAAAUUUUGAAUACACGCUUAAUGGUAAAGGAAUCCAUGAAACUUCAUGGAAAUGAAAAUCAUGCGUUACGACGUGUUCUUCAUUCACAGCAACUUGGUCUCAAAUUAAUUGCAAAUGUUACAUAUGGUUAUACAGCUGCUAAUUUUAGUGGUAGAAUGCCUUGUAUUGAAGUAGGAGAUAGUGUUGUUAGUAAAGGAAGAGAAACUUUGGAACGAGCAAUUAAAAUAGUGGAAUCUACACCUAAGUGGGGAGCUCAAGUUGUUUAUGGAGAUACAGAUUCAUUAUUUAUUCUUUUACGUGGAAAAUCAAGGAAAGAAGCUUUUGAAAUUGGAACUGAAAUUGCUGAUACUGUUACUGCAGCUAAUCCUCCUCCUGUAAAGCUUAAAUUUGAAAAAGUUUUGCAGCCAAUACUUCUUUCUAUUUAGACGAAAAAGAGAUACUGUGGUUAUAUGUAUGAGUCUCCUGAGCAAGAGGAACCUGAAUAUUUAGCAAAGGGUAUUGAAACUGUUCGUAGAGAUGGUUGUCCAGCUGUAGCUAAGAUACUCGAAAAAACAUUGAAAAUUUUGUUUGAUACUAAGGAUAUGUCCUUGUUAAAGCUGUAUAUCACUAGACAGUUUGAUAAAAUUUUACGCAAAAAAAUAUCAAUUCAAGACUUAACAUUUGCAAAAGAAUUUCGUGGUUUGCAUGGUUACAAAACUAGCGCCUGUGUACCUGCAUUGGAAUUAACACGAAGAUUAAUACGAAAAGAUCCUCGGGCAAUACCUCGUACUGGUGAACGAGUACGAUAUGUUAUAGUAGCUGGUGCUCCAAAUCAACCAUUAAUUCAAUGUGUACGAACUCCAAUGGAAGUGAUUUUAGAUGAAAGCCUAAAUCCAAAUUCAAUAUAUUAUAUAACAAAAGUUAUUAUACCACCUCUUAAUCGAUGUUUAAAUUUAAUUGGCAUUGAUGUCAAUACAUGGUAUAGAGAAAUGACUCACCGUCAAACGCCCGAUAAAGUUGUUAAUUUGUAUACAGACAAUCAAAAAUUAACUAUUCCACAAUUUUUUAGUACUGUGAUAUGUGCUGCUUGUGCAGAUCAAACACAAAAAGAUAUUUGUACGAAUUGUAUAGCAAAACCAAAUCAAACAAUUACUAUUUUAUAUGAAAAAAUAAGGUGGUUAGAACGCACUCAUCAUGAGCUUGUAAUGAUAUGCCAAUCUUGUACUGGUUAUUUAGAUGAACCAAAAUGUGAAUCUUUAGAUUGUCCAGUUUUAUAUCGUUUAAUGCAAGCUCGCAGGGAUCUGGUUCAAAUACCUUAUUUAAAUGAUAUUAUUCAUAAUAGUGAUACUUUUUGUAUGGAAAGAAGAAAUAUACGAUAG